UGCCAGUUAGCUGCUCACAGCAUGAUCUUUUGACCUAUCCAUUUGUUCUUCGGGGUGUAUGAUCAGCACAGUUUGGAAUAAACUUCAUCACAAUUUACAAGGUGUCUUUUGGAUCGAGUCACUGUCAGCCAAUUCAACUAAGAUUGAGGUUACUACUAUCUCUUCACAAACUGUGUGAACAUAGCUUGACCUGGAUGUGGAAGAUAUACAUUGUUUUCUGCCAUCUUUAUUCCCACUAAUAUUUAGACAAUAAAGCACAGCAGAGGGGAUUAAACAUUAAAUCAAACUACAUAAAAGAGAGGAUGAAAGGAGAAAGUGGCCAACAUAAAAAAGCAGCAAGAGAAACCAAGUACUAUAGGGAAACAAAUUAAAGUAAAGGCCGCUAGUACAGUAUGUGAAAAUAAAAGAGGAGAAAAUAGGACGACGACCGGGUUACGGAGCAAGUAUAUACAAAUAGGCCUUCUGCAGACACAUAAUGAGAAACAACAGUCAAACUAUUGCAUGCAAGAAAAUUGACAUUGUGAAAAAGACAAGAUAAACAUUUAUAAUACAAUACAGCACAUGCCAAGAAACCUUAAAAAAAAAAAAAAAAAAGCACACAAAAGGAGAACAGGUGGAAAAGUGAAAACAAGAGAAAACCGUUCCAGGAACCUUUCAGAUAUCAUAAAUGAGUUCCUCUUCAUGAGAUGCAGUCUGAUGACCUCUUUGUGCGUAAGCUCCGCCAACCUCCAGCCCGUUCUUCCCCUCACAAGAGUCCUCGUGAAUCUAAGUCGCUGAUAUCCUCGGGGAACAGCAAGCACAACGGAGGGGGACGUUCCCUUUCAGAGUCAGAAUUUGAUCCUCGUGAUAAAGGAUCUGGGAGCCCAUCUGCCCCACGGUUCAAAGAUCCAUUCAUUCUGCUUGGGCUGGCUGGAAACAGCCAAGGGCCGUCGGCCCAAGAGGUAAAGGAGAGGCCUCCCGAAGGAGAUCCUGUAGCCCCACGACCAAAGAGUUUUGGCCACCAUGACAUCCAGAGUAUACUGUUUGAUCCUUUCCGUAAGAGACAAUCAGAUGUUAGAAAAAAUGUGAGAAGUGGGGCAUCUGCUGCCUCUCAGAUCAGGACUAAUUCUUCACCCAGAAGAUCCUUGUCAUCUCCAGAAGACCCAGGUGACCCUGGAGAUGGAAAAGACAAUGAGCUCCUGCUCAGCUGUCCAUAUUUUCGCAAUGAGGUAGGAGGAGAAGAAGCAGAAGGCCAAAAGGAUCAAGGAUGGGAUUUUUGUUCUGUUUCAUCUCUCCACGCACCACUUAUCAAUUUUCCAGUUCGUGGGCCCAAUGCCUCUGUAUCAGUGUUAGAAGAAGCUAGAGAGAGAAUAAGAGAUAGCAGCUACUUUGUGGAAUAUCAAGACCUGGGUGCACUUUAUUACCGGAAGUAUUUUUAUGGCAAAGAACAUCAGAAUUUUUUUGGAGCUGACGAAAGACUGGGCCCUGUGGCAAUAAGCAUACGCAGGGAUGAAAGAGAAAGUGCCAAUGGAGUUCAAUAUAACUACAGAAUCAUAUUCAGGACCACUGAGUUAAAGACACUUCGAGGGUCCAUCCUUGAGGAAGCCUUUCCUUCAUCUAUACGACCCAAUUCUUCUAGGGCAAUUUCACCUAAAAAGCUUCUGGAAUACAUUGUACCAGAAGUUAAUCUGCAGUGUCUACGCCUGGCAUCAAACUCCCCCAAAGUACCAGAGACUCUCCUAAAGCUGGAUGAACAGGGGCUCAGUUUCCAGCGAAAGAUUGGUAUUCUUUACUGCCGCAGCGGACAGUCCUCGGAGGAGGAGAUGUACAAUAAUGAGACGGCAGGACCGGCCUUCCAGGAGUUCCUGAGUUUACUUGGAGACGAAGUCAGACUAAUGGGGUUUGACAAGUACCGAGCACAGCUAGACAACAAAACUGACAGUACAGGCACGCACUCUCUCUACACCCGCUACCAGGACUACGAGAUCAUGUUCCAUGUUUCAACAAUGCUUCCAUUUACUGCAAGCAACAGUCAGCAGUUACUUCGGAAGAGACACAUUGGUAAUGACAUUGUGACGAUUGUCUUCCAAGAACCCGGCGCCCUCCCAUUUACUCCACAGACUAUUCGAUCCCAUUUCCAGCAUGUAUUCAUUGUGGUUCAUGUUCACAAUCCAUGUACUAGCCAUACCAGCUACAGUGUUGCCGUUACUCGCACUGCAGACACACCGCCCUUUGGGCCUCCUAUGCCAAUGACUAGAUUCCGACGAUCUCCUGAACUCAGAGACUUUUUGCUUUCCAAAGCCGUAAAUGGUGAGAAUGCAGCUGAACGUGGAGGCAAAUUUCUAGCCAUGGCUACAAGAACCAGGGAAGAAUACUUAAGAGACUUGGCUCGAGAUCAUGUUACUACCACAACUUUGGAGUCAUGCUCCUCUAAACUAGCCAUUUUGGGUCUAUCCAAGAAAAGGGAUCGAGCAGGUAGCACUGGCACUGGGGACAAAGGGGGAAAAGGAACUCGUUGGGCGUACAGUGUUCCUCCAGAAUUCCACAGUUCCGGUGCCUUAGUGUGGACGGUUAAAUCUGUGAGUGUCUCCAUUCCAGAAAAUAUUUACAUGCUGGGGAUAUCUUCCGAGAUGCUGGUGUUAGUUGACCCGAAAAAGGAGCGCGAGGGAGCAGUCAGCUUUCACUGCUCGUGCAGGGAUGUUCUUGGGUGGACUUAUUCUUCUAAAGGGGGAUUGGACCUUUACUAUGGUCGGGCAGGAAGAUUAACCAUUUGCCCGAUUGCAAGCAAUGAGACAGAAGUGGAAAAUGAAAUUAACCACAUUGUCAAGAGGUUGCAGGUCGUCUCCGGUGGCUGUGAGACUCGUGAGAUCCCUCUACUAAGGAAUGGACUUGGACAGCUCGGAUUCAAUGCAGAUUCUGGUGGUUUUGUGAUAGAAGUGGAAAGAUUCAGCAUGGCAGAGACUGUAGGACUGUGUCCCGGGGCACGGCUUGUCGCAAUCUGUGGUCAUCCUUUCUGUUCACUGACCCCUGAGGAUGUCCGUAACCUUUUCCUUCGCUCAAAAAAAGUAACAGUAACCACUCUGCCUCCUGAUGAAGCAGGGAAGCCCCGCAGGAGCUUCUCUGAGCUCUAUGUAAAGUCAAUGCAAGAACAGAGGAUUAUGAGACGCUCAGAGGGAGAUAUAGAGAAGGAAGACGUGAUGGCAAGAAAGGCAGAAACUGCUCCAGAGACUAAGAACAUCCUGCGCACCUUAUCUGUUCAGGAAGAGAGGACAGAGUUCAGGUUCAACAAAGCUGAUUUGGCUCCACCUGAUAUUAUUCCUCAACCAGAUCCGUCAAGAGAUGAUGUGAUGAUGGAUGACACUUUCGAGGAGCCUCAGGCAGAGUCAGAUAUGCUUGAAGAAACCUCUACUCAGGAACACACCAAAAACACUCUUUCACCAGCUCCCCAGUCGCUAGAAGAUGAAUGGAAGAGUAUCUCAGAUCUCACUCUGGCCUGUAAUAGCAUACUGGAAGCCAUGUCUAAAGAGGAACAGGUACAAGCUUAUAAAAAUGAUUUGGGAGCUCAGAGCUCUCUCCCAGCAGCAUCGGGAAAUCUUAAUGACAAAGUUACAGAGCUGGAAAUGAAGCUGAAGAAACUUCAGGAGGAGCUUAAAAAGGAACAAGAGGGAAGAGCACAACUUCAGGCUGAAGUUCUGAGUCUGAAAAGGACCCAAGAAGAAGCGUUCACUGGAACUUUGCCCCGAGAAUGUGGUGCCAAGAUACUCAGGGGUGGAGCCAGCAACUGUGAAGGAAUGGCUAAAGACUAAAUUAUGGAGAAACUAUUAAGGACUUUGUAAAGAAAGUAUGGGAUCAGGGAAUCAUUUCUUAAAAAGUUAAUGAACUGAUCAAAUUGACAAUGCAAGUGAAUACCGGUCUGGCAGCAGGACUUAGGAAUUAAUAGAAGUCUAUGGAAGUGUAAGGAAGGAUGGUUUCCGGAGUGUAAAAUGAGUCAAACACUGAAUUAUUUAGAUGUUCAGGUAUGAUCAGCUCAGAAAACCACUAAAAAAUAUUUCAGGGGAUUGAACCAAUAUGUCUGAAGGAAAAAAAAAACGUCACAGAGUAGACAAAAAACGUACGCUUUCCGUAGUGGCCAGAGAAUCUGGACCCACUGUUAUUUCAGGUAUGGCUUACAAAUACUGUGAAUGGUGAUGAGAAAACAGUGUUUAACGGGGCAAGGAGACGCAAACUGCUUGAACAAUGUGAAGGAAGUAUGACCUGUAUUGGAUCUUUGUACAUAGAGUAUUAAUGUCUUCCAGUGAUUAUCUUUAAAAUUCCUACCAUAAUGAAUGUAUAUUUGGGACAAUAAAGGGUAAUAUUAUCUGAAUUCUUACAUCCGAGUAAUUAACUCUAUCCAUGAAACGUGGCCAAAAAGUACAUUAAAGGGGUUCUCCCGUGGAAAACUUUUUUUUUAAUCAACUGGUGCCAGAAAGUUAAACAGAUUUGUAAAUC